AUGUUGAUAAUGUCGAGUGAACCUGCGUCUUCGUCUACAGAAAAAGUCCCGGAGGAGCCACAUCCACACUCUAUCAAGCACAAAUUUCAAGGGCCACAAUUUGUGAUCCCCCGAGCAUUGAGCGAUUACGUGUUGAAUGUGAACAAUCAGACUCCUGAAUCUUAUGAAAAAGCACUGAACGCCAAAUAUGGAAGAGAUGACUACAUCACCUUAUGCCUCCACGUCACAAGUCUUUGCACAGAAUAUGGCCCACUUGAUGACGGGCCUGAAUAUGUACUUCUUUGUGAUUCACGAGCUCGUGUUGACAAGCUGAUCGAGGAUCUCGUCAAGUUGUUAGAGAUCGACACAGACUACGUACAACUAGAGUUGCAUGGUGGAAAGCGCCUUCAUCUUCAGAAACCCGAUGCAGUUCUCCGUGAUAUUGCAUAUAAACAGAGCAACGAGGGAUCUGACAAGUUCUUUUUGGAGAUGAAGCUUGUGCCUUCGGAGUCAAUGAAAGCGAAAAUUAUGAAGCAAGAGGAAGAAGAAGAGAAAGCAAGAAAACAUGGGCAAUAUCAACAAUAUCAAGAGUAUCACCAACAACAUCAAGCAAUGAAUGAUGGACAAAGUAGCUCGAGUGUACCUUCAACUAGCUCUCCGUCAUGCUCCAGUGAGGCAAAUCGGAAGGAAAUGGAAACAGUGCGUGAACCAGCUGGACCGUCAGAAUUGAUGAGGGCUAUAAAUGCUCCAGUUGCUCCUGCCCCGGUUGUAAUCAAGAUUGAAACUCCUGUUGCAUUGCCAGAAGAAGAUGAAACACUGAUGGAUGAUGAUGAAAUGCCUUCGCUAACUGUAGAAGCACCAAGUGAAGAAGCUUCAUUUGAAGCUGAACAACCUUCUCCACAAGUCCCACAAGCCUCAAUUGAGGGACCAUCUCAACAGCAACAAAUUCCUGGAACUUCUCAACAGAAAAGACAAGUUGCUCGUGGAUCUCGUACUAAUAUGAUUUCCUAUCAUGAUUUACCACCUGGCACUGGAAAUGCUCCUCCGAUGGCUUGUCCUCAAGUUACACUCAAACUUGAAAAAAAUGUUCCAUUUGAAGCGAAAAUCCGUGCAGUUGCUGGGUACACUCGAAAACCAAUUUCUGAAGUUCAAAAAAUGAGACCGAGUGAUCUGGAGAGCAUCUUCCAUUCGAUCUGCAUUGCCAGCGUUCAAAGAAUAAAGAGAAGAAAUGAACUUGUUCAACAGCUACAGGAAAUCAAUGCCCAAUCUUGUAAAAGUCCGACAAUGACUAUGAACAAGAAGUUCACAUUGGCAAAGGCGUAUCAAAGGGUCCAGAAUGAAAUUGAAAAAAUUGAUCGAGAGCAAAUACUUCCUCAACAGUACAUGAACAUGCCACCAAUGCCACCACAAGGACAGCAAAGAUUGCCUCCACCAGCAUAUCCACCUGGUAUUCUGCCACCACAACAGAAUCGUCAACAAGGCGUACCUCCACAAUUCCAACGUUCACCGCAAUUUAUGAUUGGACCAGAUGGACAGCGUUAUGCACAUCCAUAUAUGCAACUUCCAAAUUCAAACCAAAGAGCUCGAAUUCUGAAUACUUCAUCUGUGCAGCCGUCUGAAGAAGUACGCAAUCGCCUCGUGAAGAUUGAAGCAAUGGCGAUGAAUAUGGCACAACUGAACCCACCUCGACCACCUCCUCCACAGCCACCACAUCGAGCUCUCCAAGGAGAACUGCAGUUUUUGAGACCUGGAGCACCGGAUCCGUGCAACUUUAGGCCAGAUUCUAAGCAGACAUAUAACAAUACAUAUGUGACUGUUGCAUCACCAGCGACGCUCACCAAUUCAAUCAUUCCAUGGCACUUCCCGCCAUAUGAAAAAUCAGGAAGAUUGAAUGUGAGCAACACAAUAAAAGCUAUCAACGAGUAUCGUCUUCUGUGCAAUUCUCGACAGGCUGAUCCAGCAAGUUUCCUCGAAUUCUACUUCCUUGGUGAUCCAAUGCCACACUUCAAUAAAAUUCUUUCAAUUGCUGAUUACAAUAUGUAUUUGUCUCGAAGACGAUGCGAUGAGGCAGAUGUCAAGAUUCAUCGAAUGUCGCACAGUGAUCAAUUGCAAUUGUACCUUUUGGAACUUCAAUCCGACGAGUCAAAUGUGGAAAAAUGGAAGACAUUCUAUAGAAUUAUGCAGUGGGAUUUGCCACUAAACAAUGAGUUUCCAAGAAUACUUCUACCAUCUUCAUUAGACAUCGGAAGACCAGUUGUUGAUAGAAAGAAGAAAUCAAUUGAUCAGGUUAUGAAUCAUAUACAUCGAAUGCAUAGUCAACGCCCACCAAGCAUGGGAAACUCUUCCACAUCUUCUGAAGCUUCAUCUACCAGUCCAACAAAUGCUGCAACAGCGACCAGUUCUCCAGCAUCGAACCGACCAACGACUUCUACAGCACAACCACCAACUUUAAAUCCAACAUAAAUUUUAAUUCAAUAUAAAUUUGUAAAUAAUUAUGUUUGUUACCAAACCAUAUUUUGUGUACCUCUUCCGUUUUUUUCCUCUGUCGGGUUUUUGCUUUUGUCUUAUUUUUUACGCUUCUAGUAGUAGUGAUCUUAAAACUUUGCUCUCAUUUACCUAUUUUUAGAUGAGUUAGUUUCUUUUUUUGUCUGUUUUACACAAUCAUCACACAAUAAACAUUUUAUUUGGAGAAU